ACGACGAGGAACCCAGAGUCGGGUUCCUUCCAAGGAACCCAGAUCGCCUUCUAUAAAGUUAUCAAGAAACACACCUUCAAGGCUGUCAUGGAUAUGAUAAUGUUCCAAGCAUUGGCGGCAACUACUGCAAUUAUGAUCGGACUUUUUGCUAGCAGCGAGUGGAAAGGUUUGAAAGGAAAGAUGGAAGGGUAUGAACUAGGGAAGAUGUCAUAUGUAAUGAACUUACUUGGGACGGGCAUUUCCUGGCAAAUUUUUACAAUUGGUGUAGUGGGGUUUAUUUUUGAAGUAUCUUCCUUGUUCUCCAAUGUUAUAAACGCCUUGGCUCUUCCGGUGGUCCCAGUGAUCGCAAUUAUCUUCUUCGGCGAGAAAAUGGACUGGAUAAAGGGAGUGGCCAUGAUCAGGUUCGAGCUGGGUUCCUCGGGAGGAACCCAUGAGGAACCCGACUCUGGGUUCCUCGUCGUGAGGAACCCAGAUCGGGUUCCUCACAAGGAACCCAGAGGGUUCGAACUGGGUUCCUCCGGAGGAACCCAUGAGGAACCCGACUCUGGGUUCCUCGUCGUGAGGAACCCAGAUCGAGUUCCUCACAAGGAACGCAGAGUUCUUGUUCUAAAUUUUUUUUUUAUUUAAAUAAGCCACAUCAUAAAAAAAAAAAAGACAU